CAAAGCCGCCAUCCAGAAGUGUCCAGCAACUCCGGGAAGCUGCCACAAGGCCGCGUAAUUGCCAAACAGGCAGUUUCAGGAAUUUGCACGAAGCCUCUAGACAACCACCUUCAGGCCUAUAUAUUCAUGGCCUGCUUCUCAUUCUCAUUCCCAGAUCACAACACAGAUCAAUCGGCAACAUCAGCUUCCAGCUUCAGCUUCUGCCUGCAAAACCUCACGCCUUCAAGGCUGCUCAACAACCAACAUUCUCACUCACAUCUUUGCAGCCCACGACCAAAAAGCCACAAUGAUGUCUUUCCUGUCGAGCCCGCUCUACUCUGCUCCCUCGGAGCCCACCUUCACUCCUCUCUUCCGACUCCUCAACGACUUUGACACGUACAGCCGCGAAGUCCAGGGCGACCAGCAGGGCAGCGCCGCCUCGGGCCGCCGAUCCAAGGUCGUCACGUUCAAGCCCAAGUUCGACGUGCGCGAGACCGAGAAGACGUACGAGCUGCACGGCGAGCUGCCGGGCAUUGAGCGCGAGAACCUGACCAUCGAGUUCACGGACCCGCAGACCAUUGUCGUGCGCGGCCGCGUCGAGCGCACCUACGAGAACAAGCCCGAGGAGCACUCCGGCGCCAACACCGCCGACGACUACGACAACCACAGCGUGACCUCGCACAAGGCCACGGUCGAGGACGACCCGGAGGAGACGCACAGCACCACGUCGCCCGAGACGCAGGUCGACAAGACGGCCGGCGCCGAGGUCCAGAAGGCCGCCCCCGGCCACAAGUAUUGGGUCUACGAGCGCUCCAUCGGCGAGUUCUCGCGCACCUUCAGCUUCCCGGGCCGCGUCGACCAGGAGGCAGUGUCGGCCGGCCUCAACAACGGCAUCCUGACGGUCUCGGUGCCCAAGGCUAAGAAGCACGAGGCUCGCCGCAUUGCUAUCAACUAA